GCCUCGCCCAGCGCCGCCCAUGUCACUCGGAUCCGGCGGCCGCAAGCUCUCAUUCGAGCUCCUCUCCAGCGACCUCACCGCCGACGACGUCGACGACACAUCCCCGCGCUCCCUCCCGGAAACCUCCUCCGAUGGCCGCCGCCGCCGCAGGAGGCGCUCCAAGCGCAAGCAGGGGUUCCAGAGCCCCCCGAUCGUGGAGGAGGAGCCGCGCGUGGACGGGAGCGCCGCCGCGGCCUUCAGGGUAACGGAUCUGAGGUCCGUGGUGGAGAAGGUCUGCCAGAGCUCGGACGCGGAGGGGUCCGCGGCGAGCUGCGUGACCCGCGUUGGGGUGGAGUUGAGGCAGAGGAGCGUGGCCUCGAAUGGGAGGUUGUCGGCGGCGUCCGGGGACGACGCGUCCAGCAGCUGCUGCGGAAGCAGCACGCGGGAGAGCGUUGCCGCUGCCGCGGCGGCGGCGGCAGAUGUGGUCGACGCGGCUCGGCGACCUGAGGCGAACGGUGUUCUGAAGAAACUGGAGAAGGAUGAGUCGCUGGACUGGGAGAAGUUCAUCAAGGAGAAUAGCAACAUUCUCGGAGAAGUCGAGCGCCGUGAUAAUUCACCAUUCAGAUAUUUCAUUGGAGAGUUGUAUAGCGGCAAUUCACUUAGAAGUACAAUUGCAGUGGGUAAUGAUAAGAAGCGACAGAGGGUCUACAACACUAUGUUUCAUGUGCCUUGGAGAUGUGAACGGCUAAUUGUCGCAGGAUUCUUUGUCUGCUUGGAUUCCUUUCUGUCUUUGCUCACCAUUAUGCCUGCAAGAAUUGUGAUGACAGUUUGGCGGGUGCUGAAAACCAGGCAGUUUCUACGGCCAAAUGCUGCUGAUUUAUCAGAUUAUGGAUGUUUUAUAGUUCUAGCCCUAGGAGUUGCUUCUUUGCAGAUGAUAGAUAUUAGUUUGAUUUACCAUGUCAUUCGUGGCCAGGGCACGAUCAAACUCUAUGUGGUAUACAACGUACUAGAGAUAUUUGACAAGCUCUGUCAAUCAUUUGGUGAGGAUGUGUUGCAAGUUUUGUUCAACUCAGCUGAGGGACUGUCAACAUGUUCAACUGAUAAUGCGACAUUUGAACUGAUGCGGUUCCUUUUGGACGAGGCUAUUGCUGUCGUUGCAUUUGUUGUGCAUUCAUUUGUCUUGUUAGCGCAAGCUAUCACCCUGUCAACAUGUAUUAUUGCCCAUAACAAUGCACUGUUGGCUCUUUUGGUGUCCAACAAUUUUGCCGAGAUCAAGAGCAAUGUAUUUAAGCGGGUUAGCAAAGAGAACCUUCACAAUCUGGUCUACUAUGACAUCAUUGAGAGAUUUCACAUCACAGCAUUUCUGCUAUUUGUACUAGCUCAAAAUAUUUUGGAAGCAGAGGGACCAUGGUUUGACAGUUUUCUUAUUAAUGCCUCCUUGGUAUUUAUGUGUGAAGUACUUAUUGAUGCUAUCAAGCAUUCAUUCCUUGCAAAAUUUAAUGAGAUAAAGCCGGUUGCUUAUUCAGAGUUUCUGGAAGACCUAUCCAAGCAGAUUUUGAAUGAGCAAACUGAUGACCGUCAGAAGGAUCUAACAUUCAUCCCCCUUGCCCCUGCUUGUGUGGUAAUUCGUGUACUAACUCCAGUGUAUGCCACCCUCCUUCCCUCUGGCCCAUUUAUCUGGAGAAUAUUCUGGAUUUUGCUCUGGUCAAUUCUGACCUAUUUUAUACUCGCCAUCUUCAAGAUACUAGUGGGAUUGGUAUUGCGCUGCCUCGCGGCUUGGUAUAUAAAUCUACGUCUGACAAGAAAACAACAUGUGGAUUGAGUACCUGGCACCGUGAUCCUGGUGUUAAGAUGCUAUCCUUGAGAAGUCAAUUUGCUGUGGUGCGUGGAGUACAGCACCCACCGCAUCAGCCAUGAGUUCGGUCAUAGGUGCCUGCCCGUAUGAAGAAUUAUGGAUAGUGUAGUAAUGCACAGAGGAAUAUCUACAGAGGGAUAUCACAAAUAUCUUCUUUUCCACAAACUUCUCAUUGAGUCGAGGAACUGAGUAUAGUCCAAUUUUGCUGUGUUCAUAGUUUUUUUUCUUACAUCCCUCUGUGGAUUGUUCAUAGUCUCAUCCCAAAAUUAUCUGCCUCAACCUAGUUAAGAUUUUUGCAAAGCCUUGCGGAUCUGUCAAGUUAGGCAUAUUUGUACAUUUCCCCUGAGAAUAAAAUAUGACAAUUUUGUCCGCA